UUCUACAAAGAUCUCUUCAGACCCUAGUUGGUGAACCUUAACUCUGUCUAGUCUUCCUCUGUUCUGUCUUUUAAAAUCUCUCUAUUGAGUUAGACAUAGUCACAUAGCUAUGGUUAAGUAUCUGUCUCUGAGUUCGGCUAGAAGAAGAAACGACUUCGUGGCAGCGCCAGAGAUUUCUUUUGAUCUCAUGAUUGAAAUCCUGAGUAGAUUGCCUGUUAAAUCGCUUAUGAGGUUCAAGUGUGUCUCAAAGCUCUGGUCUUCUCUGAUCCGUUCUCGAUAUUUUAGCAACCUUUAUCUCAAGGUCGCAUCAUCUCCAUCGCGACUGAUGCGACCACUUGGUGUAUACAUGAGUUUGAAUUUGAGUUUGACUUCGGAUGGACACUACAAUUGUGAUUCGAUGGAGUUUUGCCGCAACACUGAAAAGUUUGAACUGCUAUCCUUAAGGUUAUCUUUGUCGUCUAGUAAUAGUGAUGAAUCAUCGUUAGAACAAGAUUUGACUUUCCCAGGGAUGGGAGGAUACAAUAUGGUAUCUCUUCGCGGUUUGAUUUUAUACACUGUUUGCAGAAAAGCAUGUAUCUAUAAUCCCUCCACUAGACAAAGCUUAACCUUACCCGCAGUCAAAUCCAACAUUUUUGCUCAGCAAGAACGUAAUAAGCAUGUCUUCUACUUUUUCGGACAUGAUCAUGUUCAUGAUCAAUACAAAAUAGUCUGCAAUGUUGUGGUAAUCUCGCGAGAUUACAAGAAGAUAAUAACCAACGAGUUUUGGGUCUUUGUACUGGAACCCAGAGGUUUUUGGAAAAGAAUCGAGUAUGAUGAUCAACCUCACCUUCCAACAAAACAAGGACUCUGCAUCAACGGAGUUAUAUAUUAUCUGGCUUCCAAUCCUACAUGUCAUGUUUACUGUUUUGACGUUAGGUCCGAAGAGUUCCGUGUGAUCCAAGCACCCCAUUCAGAGUAUCAGCAUUGUAAGUCCUUGGGUUUCAUAGAGCACGGUGGAAAACCAGCAAUC